GCGUUGUUGAAUUUGACACCUGUUCCGCAUGUCAUCUGUACUUCAAAAUUUUCUUUUACGAAUAAACUAAAUAAUUCGGUAAAAAUGAAUAAAAAGGAAAGUGAUACUAAGUCUUUCUGGUCACUAUCGUUCCUGAAUUUGUUGAAAUUGGGACUUUUUGAGACCAUUCAUGCAAAGGGACCGAGCGACCCGAUUUCUCCAAGAAGAAGACCUUGUCCUGCAAAGGAUCCUGCUCCAUCCCCCGACCCAUGUGAUAAAAGCGCUGGCGGUGAUGCUCCUCCGAUCAAAGUUUGCAAAUGCAAACCUCCUCAACCCAGUAAAUGUACUGCCGGCGACAGAGGGAAGACUGGAGCUGGUGUAACAGGUUCCCGCACAGGUCCAGUAAGUGGGAGGGAUCCCAACGACCUGCCAGCAGGCGCUGUCAACCCUGGUUUAUUACGACACAUACAUAAUGCAGCGAGAUAUAGACUUCCGCAAUGUUUUGAGGGUGGUUGUGUAUCAGUGAAACAAGGUUCGCAAAACAAUUGGAUCUUUGGUCAUACACUGUCUUUCAGUUCAGUGUCACCGGGGGGAUACAAGUUGUUACUAUCGUAUGUGGAUAAAAAUAAGCCUACUGCGUUACCAUACUUUGUGAUGGAAGCAGCGCCGGGCGGGCAGAUGAGCUGCGAGGUUCGUGUGGGGCCGUCGCAAGGCACUCGCGCAACCAUCGUCUCGCAAAUAGCCGACGGAGAGUUCUACAGCUUCGAAAGCAUUUUUGAUGCUUAUUUUAGCAAAUUUACGGCAUCUGUAAUCGCUGUUAAUCGCGAAUUCAUUGCACUCCAUUAUUUACAGGCUGUGACGGACAAGUUGUCAUUGGGAGCGGAGAUAGUGGCUCGGGGGCACUCGGCGGAGCUGAGCUCUGCGUCGGGGGCUGGGCGCUGGUACAACGAGGACCACUCCGUCAGCGCCACACUCGGCAACAGAGGACUCGACCUGUGCUACGCCCGGGCCAUCAAACCUUAUCUGACUGUUGCAGCUAUGCUAGAAGUGGGAUUUGCGAUCCGUCGCGCGGUGGCGACGUUAGCUUACGAGUGGCACACGGACGAGUGGACGGUGCGAGGCUCGGCAGACUCGGACGGCCUCGUGGGGGCCACCAUGCAGAGGUCCCUCGGAGGCAAGAGGGCCCAGCUCGCGUGCAACAUCUCUGCACUGCUCAAUCAUCCCAACGACAAGUUCAGGCUAGGCUUCGGCAUUACCGCCGCUAUUAUUUGAACAAUCUAUUUGAAAUUGUGAAGGAGUUUGAACUCCAUACUGGUUUGUCGCGUUAUAGUGACGUUAUACUAGCAAUCUCUUUCCACUAAACAAAUUAGAAAACCUUGUAGAAAAUUAAUGUAGCCUAAAAACAUGUAUGUAGUUGUGUAGGACAAACAGCAGAUGUGUCAUUACAAAAUCUGUCAUUUAUUCAGUAUUGUUGAACCGUGUAUUGUUUGUAGCAAAUAGGUGUCCUUAAGUCAGUGCCUAUGUCUAUUGUUAAUUUUGACUAUCAUUAUUUACAUACAUUUAGAUAUAAUUAUAUGGUUUAUACAGAUCCUUCGUUUAAGGUCAUGUAAUUUAAUUUGUAUGUAAUUAUGAAUAUAUUGGCUUAUUACAA